GCUUUGUACUCUAGGAAAAAUUCAAUAGGCUUGGUUUGGGAGUGUGUGUGCGAGACAAGAGAGUUCUCCUCGCCUUCCUGUAGGAUGUGCCGCCUUUCUUUUCUUUUGGCUAUCUGCCUUUUGGCAGGCGUAGGCCUUUGCCGGGCUGCUGCCGAGGACACUCCAGCACCUACUGCUGAGCAGAACUUGGGAAAGAGCCACCAGGGCUCGGCCACCGAUGAUGAAGUUGUUGCCAGAGAUGAAGAGCGCAUCAAGCUCGAUGGCCUCAACGUUUCCCAGAUCAAGGAACUCCGUGAUCAGUCCGAGAAGCAUGCUUUUGAGGCUGAAGUGAGCCGCAUGAUGAAGCUCAUUAUCAACUCACUUUACCGCAACAAGGAGAUCUUCUUGAGAGAGUUGAUUUCUAACUCUUCCGAUGCUCUGGACAAGAUCCGCUUCCUGUCCCUGACCGACAAGAACCAGAUGGACUCGCAGCCCGAGACCACUAUCCGCAUCAAGGCCGACAAGGAGAACCACAUCUUGCACAUCACCGACACUGGUAUCGGUAUGACCAAGAAGGACCUUGUCAACAACCUGGGAACAAUUGCCAAGUCUGGCACCAGCGAGUUUGUCGCUAAGAUGGGCGAGAACCAAAACGAGGGCUCGCAGAGCGACCUCAUUGGACAGUUCGGAGUUGGUUUCUACUCUGCUUUCCUCGUCGCCGACACCGUUAUCGUCACCAGCAAGAACAACGAUGAUGACCAAUACAUCUGGGAAUCGAAUGCCGGUGAGUUCACCGUGAGCCGCGACCCCCGUGGCAACACCCUUGGCCGUGGCACCUGUGUCAGUCUGUACCUGAAGGAGGAGGCAUAUGACUUCGUCGAGCAGGAUACCCUGAAGAACUUGAUUGGCAAGUACAGCCAGUUCAUCAACUUCCCCAUUUUCUUGUGGACUAGCAAAACCAUUGAAGUCGAGGAGCCUAUCAUUGAGGAUGAAGACGAGACCCCAGCCACUGCGGACUCUGACGAGGAGGGCAGUGUUGAGGAGGCCAAGAAGGAGGACUCUCCCAAGACUGAGAAGGUUGAGAAGACUGUCUGGGACUGGGAGAAGAUGAAUGCCAGCAAGCCACUGUGGACUCGCAACCCCCGAGAUGUCUCCGACGAGGAGUACACCAACUUCUACAAGUCCUUCACCAAGGACAAGGAAGAGCAGGGCGCACACAUGCACUUUGUUGCUGAGGGUGAGGUCUCUUUCCGCAGCGUGCUCUUCAUCCCCAAGGAUGCCCCCAGGGACUACGACUCUCACUCCCGUGACCCUAUCUCACGCAACAUCAAGCUUUAUGUGCGUCGCGUCUUCAUCACUGACGAGCUCACCGACCUGAUGCCCAAGUACCUGGAGUUCAUCCGUGGUGUUGUCGACUCUGAUGAUCUGCCCCUGAACGUUUCCCGUGAGAACUUGCAACAGCACAAGCUGCUCAAGGUCAUCCGCAAGAAGCUGGUCCGCAAGGCCCUGGACAUGAUCAAGAAGAUCCCCGCUGACAAGUACAUGCACUUCUUCCAGCAGUUCGGCCAGAGCCUCAAGAUGGGCAUCAUCGACGAUCACAGCAACCGCUCUCGCCUUGCCAAGCUUCUCCGCUUCCACUCCUCCAACGGUACUGAGAUGACAUCCCUGACCGAAUACCAGGAGCGUAUGCAGGAGAAACAGGAGUACAUCUACUUCAUGGCUGCUGCCAAUGUUGAGGAGGCCAAGAGUUCCCCAUUCGUUGAACAGCUCUUGAAGAAGGGAUACGAAGUCCUAUAUCUGAUUGACCCCAUUGACGAGUACACUCUCCAGCAAGUUGCAGAGUUUGACGGCAAGAAGUUCCAGAAUGCUGCCAAGGACGGUCUCGUCAUUGGUGACAACAACGACAAGAAGAAGCAGCGUGUCGAGGCACUCACAACCAAGUUCAAGCCUCUUGUCACUUUCCUCGAGAAGAAUGCUCUCAAGGACAAGAUCGAGAAGGUUGUUGUCAGCCAGCGUCUCCAUGAGUCUCCUUGUGCCCUUGUUGCCAACCAGUGGGGAUGGUCAGGAAACAUGGACCGUAUCAUGCGUGCCCAGGGUGUGCACCGCCAGAACCGUGACUCGCAUAUGUUCGAGCAGAAGAAGAUCUUCGAGAUCAACCCAUACCAUCCUCUUGUCAAGACUCUCCUGACCAGCGUUGAGGAGGAUCCAGAGUCUGAGCGCACCAGCGACCUUGCCAUUGUCUUGUACGAGACUUCCAUCCUUCGCUCUGGCUUCACUGUCCCUGACACCGUCUCCUUUGCUUCUCGUAUCGAGCGCAUGCUCCGUGUGAGCGCUGGUGUUGCCGAGGAUGCUCAGAUCGAGGAGGUUGCAGAUGAGGAUGAGGAAGAAGUAAUUGAAGAAGAGGAGGUUGCUGAGGAGGAGGAGGUUGCUGCUGAGGAGGAGGAGGAGACAACCACCACCGAGGCUGAUGCUGCUCCCGAGGAGGAGACCGCUGCCAAGGAGGAGUUGUAAGCGCUUUCCCCACUCACUUUUUUUUUUUACAUAAUUAUCUCAAAGGCCCAUUUUUGACAGUAGCAGACCGGCAUCAAUUUACGAUUACAUUGGAAACAUUAAUCAUGCAUCCGCUUUAGUUUCUGUCCCAGCAUGUUUGGUACAUGCUGCAGGUAGCGCAAGAGAGCAGCUAGCUAUCUCUCAGUCUCUCGUAGUCACAAGCACACGCAAUUGCCUAUCUGGACAGAGUCCCAAAAUGCAAUAAUAGAGUUGUGUACCAUUGCUGUCAUACUGCUGCUAUUGCUACUGCUACUGCUGUACAUGUCCUGCUGCUCUGCUUGGCCUGUGACCCCCUGCUGGUUUUCUCUAUACUUGUGAGGUGUUGAUCUCGUCUUA